AUGUGGAACCAACAACUAAGGAACUACGUUUAUAAACUACAAAACAAAGAGAAAAUGAUGAUUCCUAUAAUAAACAAAAACUCAGUCGAUGGGUGUAGAUAUUAUAGACCACCGGAAACAUUCCCAAUUGGCCCAUUCCACAGGUAUGAGAAAAAUCCAAUAAUGAAACCUGAUCCUAAUGUCGAAUGGGAAAGUCAUUAUUUAUACAAUGCAACAGCUAUUGUUGUCGACAAUAAAGUAUUCAUGUUAUACCGUGCACAAAAUAAAGAAAAAGUCUCCUCAAUUGGGAUUGCUUGGUCUAAUGACGGUGUUCAUUUCAUUAAACAUAAAAAACCAAUCAUUGCUGCUUCAGAAUCUUAUGAAAAGGGUGGUGGUUGCGAAGACCCUAGAAUUGUUAGAGAUCCCGUAUCUAAAUUAUUUAUUGUUACUUAUACAGCAUAUGAUAAAAUAACUGCAAGAUUAUGUGUUGCCACUCUGGAAGAUUUAUUCCACUGGAAGAAAAUUGGUCCAAUUGUACCUCCUUAUUGGCAAGAUAUUGCUGUAACAAGUAAUGGUAAUAAAAUCAUUAGAAAUAAUUGGCUGAAAUCUGGUGCUAUUUUCACAGAAAAAGCUCCUGAUGGUAAAUAUUAUAUGAUUUGGGGUGAUUCAGAGUUACAUCUUGCUGAAUCAAAAGAUCUUGUCAAUUGGAGUUUGACUAACAAUUCUCCAAAUCGGAACACAUGGGCUCGUGCAUUAUUCAAUCGUGAGAAUAAACUUCUUGAAAGUGGUCCUGCUCCAAUUAGAAUGGCAGGAAAUCCUAACCACUGGAUCUUUUUUUAUAAUGCUGCAACUACUGGAGGUGCAGAUUUACCCAAGAAUGCAUAUACCGUCAAUCAAAUGUUGAUUGAUUAUAAUAACAUUCAUCAAGGACCACUAGCUAGAAUGGAACACCCAGUGUUAAAACCGGAACUGGCUAAUGAAAAAGAAGGUCAAGUUAACCAAGUUGUUUUUUGUGAAGGAUUGGUUCAAUUCAAAGGAAGUUGGUACUUGUAUUUCGGUCAAGGGGAUUCAGAAUUGGGUGUCGCAAUUGCACCGGUAAUUUAG